CCUCUCUCUCUAGAGAGUCACACAGAAAUUGCUUGCUUGCUUGCUUGAAACAACAGCGAAAAUGAGACUCAGCAACAACCUGGUGGGCUUUCUCAACUUUCUGACCUUCCUCUGCUCCAUCCCGAUCGUCGUCGCCGGAGUAUGGCUGAGCAAGCAAGGCAACACCGAGUGCGAGAAGUUUCUGGAGAAGCCGAUCAUCAUCCUCGGCAUCUUCCUCAUGUUCGUCUCCCUGGCCGGCUUCAUCGGCUCCUGUUUCCGCGUCUCCUGGCUCCUCUGGCUCUACCUCCUCAUCAUGUUCCUCCUCAUCGUCGUCCUCUUCGGCUACACCAUCUUCGCCUUCGUAGUCACCAACAAGGGCGCCGGAACCGUGCUCUCCGGUAAGGGAUACAAGGAGUACAAGCUCGGUGACUACUCUCACUGGCUGCAGAAGAGAGUCAACAGCACCAAGAACUGGAACAAGAUCAGGAGCUGCCUCAGUGAUAGCAAGGUCUGCUCCAGUUUCCAGGACAAGUAUCUCAAUGAUACUCUCCCCCUUCUUUAUACCGAGAACUUGUCUGCGCUUCAGGCUGGCUGCUGUAAGCCAUCAGAUGACUGUGGUUUUGCCUAUGUAAGUCCCACUGUCUGGACCAAGAAUGCUACUGUUGUUUCUACCAACCCUGACUGCAAUGCAUGGGAUAAUGAUCCAAAGGUUCUGUGCUUCAACUGCCAGUCAUGUAAGGCUGGACUGCUCGACAAUCUGAAAAGUAACUGGAAGAAGACGGCUGUUGUCAACAUUGUCUUCCUUAUCUUCCUCGUCAUUGUGUAUUCCGUAGGGUGCUGUGCAUUCAGGAAUAACAGGAGGGACAAUUAUUAUAAGCAGUAAUUGAAUAUUGGAAGCAGCAGUAGUAAGUUGGAUUGGAUGUAAAGAGUAGUUGGCAGCUUUCUCUUAUUACUGAUGGAAAACCUAUGUCCUAUUGACCAUUUCACCGUGUUAAUUUCUUGUAAAGUCAUUCGUCAUGGUUGAUGAAUAGUUUUCGGCUUUAAACUGGCGUAGGUUAUAUGAAUAUGUUUCUCAUCUGGCUACUUAUUUUA